CCGACAUGUAUAAAUAGACCUGUGAUGUCCGCAGGUCAGGACAUGGUUUGACUCUGAGCACUGUGCACCAAUUCAGAUUAAUCAGAACAAGAGUUGUGACAGAAUGGCUUUGACUAAUCCCAACCCAAUGGGACCAUGGAAGAUCACUGUGUACGACCAGGAGCACUUCCAGGGCAAGCGCAUGGAGUUCACCGCUUCAUGUCAGAACGCCAUGGAGUGUGGCUUCGACAACAUCCGUUCCCUGAAGGUCGAGUGUGGAGCCUGGGUGGGCUAUGAGCACUCCAGCUUCAACGGGCAGCAGUUCGUCCUGGAGAGGGGAGAGUACCCUCGCUGGGAGUCCUGGAGUGGCAGCAACGCCUACCACAUCGAGAGGAUGAUGUCCUUCCGCCCCAUCUGCUCUGCAAGCCACAAGGAGUCUAAGAUGGUGGUGUUCGAGAAGGAGAACUUCAUUGGCAAGCAGUGGGAGAUGAACGACGACUACCCCUCCCUCCAGGCCAUGGGCUGGGCCAACAAUGAGAUUGGGUCCAUGCAGGUGCAAAGUGGAGCCUGGGUGUGCUACCAGUUCCCAGGUUACCGUGGUUACCAGUACAUCAUGGAGUGUGACCGUCAUGGUGGAGAGUACAAACACUACAGGGAGUGGGGUUCCCAUGCUCAGACCUCCCAGCUGCAGUCACUGCGCAGAAUCCAGCAGUGA